AUUGGGACAUUUACUUUGUGUGUGUGCAUUUUGUGAUCUCCCUCCGAUAUCCACGCCUAUCUUUUCAGCUGGAUUCUCUCUUCAAGUCUCUUCAUCUCUCACUUAUUCUCUCAAAUUUUUCUCAAAUCCAAUUCAACUUCAACCUCUCUGGUCAACCCAAAUUCACUCUUCCCUUAAUUCGAACUGCCUUCAAAUGGUUGAUUGCCGAAGUUUGAUCGAGUUUUGCCGGGCAUACGAGCAGCACAAACUCAUGAACAAAUUCAAUUCCAAUAUCAAAAAACAAUAUAAUAAUCAGAAAUAUUCCUUUUGCUCUGAUCGUUCCCCUUUUGCUGCGCUAGAUGCACUUAUACUACUUUGUGUACUUGGAUCACUAGGGUUUCUCAUAAUCCCCUAUUUCAAUUUACUUUUCACCCAAAUUUCCCCAAUUAUCUGUGAAGUUUUCAUCGAGAUGAUCAACACUUCCCCUGUAGCAUAUUUUGUUGGAUUGAUGGUGGCUUUCAUCGGAAUAAUUAUUUUGAUUGUAAUUUGGGAAAUUAUUGAUUUGAGAUCCAGGAAAUGUGGAAAUCCAAAUUGUCAGGGUUUAAGGAAAGCAGUUGAAUUUGAUAUACAGUUAGAAUCUGAGGAGUGUAUAAAGUGUUUGCAGUUGGAUCCGGAUUUGAAUUCAAAUGCGUUUUACAAUUAUGGAGUGAAGCCGUUAGAGUUGGGGGAAGAACGUAAAGAGUUGGAGGCAGAGUUGAAGAGGAUGGCGCCACGUAAUGGACGCACUGUGCUUAUUUUCAGAGCUCCAUGUGGAUGUCCUGCAGAUUGAAGGACACAGAAGACUGUGAAUAUCGUCUACCACCAAGGCAACCAUCUUUAUGUUCAAGUCAAUGAAGACUCCAAGAUGCAAACCUGGCUUCUGCUUCAAUGUGCUGAAGCUUGUCUCUCAGGAAUUCACCUACAGCUUUUGUCCCACUACUGUACCAAGUAGCUCAGAGUCCUUCAGUCUUGCACUUGGGGAGCAGUAAACAAACUUAGAUGGAGAUUUAUUUAUUUAUUUAGUAGCAGGCAAAUAGAUACAUCACUUCUCUUGCAGAUGUCACAGAUAAAUUAACUCAGCAAGUGCCUAAAAGGCUAAACUUGUUUCUGUUGCAAGCAAGGUUUAUCAGUAACAGGUACAUGGUUGAUUCCACAAUUGCUCAUGGGAAUUGUACUUAUAAACUUGACGUUGCUUUUAUUAUGAGUGAUGCCGUAAAGCAUUUCAUGGGAAGCAAAAUUACUUUGGCUUUCAUCCCAUAGUAGUCAAUGGUUUUUCACCGGAGGAUAUAAUAUUUCAGUCCAGGGGCCAAUGAAGUGUGGGAAGAUCAUGGAAGACGAGGGUUCAAACACAUCAAGGACAAAAGACAUUAGAUGAUUUUGUUCCAUCUGCCUAAAUCUUUAUACGUAGAGGCGAAGUUAGGAUUUGAGUUUAUGGAUUCUAGAUUUUUAACAUAAGAAAGUUGUCGGAUUUUUGAUAAUUCAACUAUACAUGUUAUGUAGUUUUUUUGACAUAAGUAUAGGAUUUGGAUUUGUGUCUCUACCGAACCUGUAAGUGGAAUAUUUCUGUCGUAAGCAAGAUCUAUCAGUACUAGGUA